AUGGUGUUGAUGUCACUGUUUUUGUCCAACUAUGAAUCAAAUUUAGGAAGAGAUGGAGAUAACAGGAAGACGGUGGGAAGCACAACGAAAGAGCUCGUUAAGCUCUUGCUUCAGCGUCGCUAUACCGUUCAUGCUACCGUCCGCUCCCUCGAUGAUCCAAACAAGACACAACACCUACUUGCCCUUGAUGGAGCUAAGGAAAGGCUGUCUUUGUUUGAAGCUAACUUGACUGAAGAAGGAUCUUUCGAGUCCGCAGUUAAUGGCUGUGAAUGUGUCUUUCAUAUGGCAACUCCUGUUAUACCUUCAGUUUCAGUUUCUGAUCCAAAAGCAAAACUCAUAGAUCCUGCAGUGAAGGGAACGCUUAAUGUUCUCAAAUCAGCUGCAAAAGUUUCAUCUCUCAAAAGAGUGGUUUUGACAUCUUCCAUGAGUGCGGUUAUGUUUCGUGUAGAACCUCGGGAGUUUGGUGCUGUGGUGGAUGAAACAUGUUAUGGUAUCCGCUUUCGAAGACCCUGGUCUCCAUCUGCUCAGUUUCCAACAGAGCUCCCCGGUUUCAGAGAGAUGAUCGGAGAAGGAAAGGUAGUCUGUGUUACAGGAGCUUCGGGAUUCAUAGCUUCAUGGCUCGUCAAGCUCUUGCUUCAGCGUGGCUACACUGUUCAUGCUACUGUCCGAUCCCUCGAUGAUCCAAAAAAGACGCAACACCUACGUGCUCUUGAUGGAGCUCCGGAAAGGCUUUCUUUGUUUGAAGCAAACUUGGGUGAAGAAGGAUCUUUCGAGUCUGCUGUUAAUGGUUGCCAAUGUGUCUUCCAUACAGCCUCUCCUGUUAUAUUUUCAGUUUCUGACCCAAAGGCACAAUUGCUAGAUCCUGCAGUGAAGGGGACACUUAAUGUUCUUAAAUCAGCUGCAAAAGUUCCAUCUCUCAAAAGAGUGGUGUUAACAUCUUCCAUAGCUGCAGUUCUAGUUGGUGUAAAACCUCCCGAGUUUGGUGCUGUGGUGGAUGAAACCUGGUUUUCAGAUCCUGAAACUUGUGAGCAAAAAGAGUUAUGGUAUCCCCUUUCAAAGACCCUAGCUGAGGAUGCUGCAGUAAAAUUUUCUGAAAAUAAUGGUCUUGAGUUGGUGGUUAUAAAUCCCGGGUUUGUCAUCGGCCCUAUUUUACAACCAACUAUCAACAUCACUUCUAAGGGAUUUAUUGGUUUGAUUGAAACUGGAAAGGAAGUAUUUCCAGAUGGAAUCUAUAGACUUGUUGAUGUGAGAGAUGUUGCUAAUGCUCAUAUUUUAGCAUUUGAGAACCCUGAAGCAAGUGGAAGAUACAUUAUGGUUGCAGAUGUAAAUCACUCUUCAGAUAUCAUGAAGAUCGUAAACCAAGGCUAUCCUGCCUUUGAGUAUUCAGAAAGGUAUAAAGACAGCAAGUACGAAGGGACACCACCUUUCUUUGUGUCAAGAACAAGGGCGGAAAGUUUAGGAGUUCAGUUUACUACGGUUGAGGUAAGCAUCAAGGACACUGUUGAAAGCCUAAAAGAGAGGAAGUUACUAAGCUUCUAAAACACUAUGUUCGGGUUGAAACUUAAACAGGUUAAGGGUUGAGGUAGAUUGACCCUAGUCCGACCCAUUUAAUUAUCAUGUUGUAUCAUGUCAAUCUAUUUAUUCUCUUGUCAAGUUUAUAUCGGAUAGAUGUGUUUAGGAUUUUAGACCUUAUAAAUUUGUUUUGAUGCUAAAAACUUGAUGUGUAAAACCAAAUCUCAAUUUUAUAGAAGGAAAUACGUUAGAAACUAUU